AAUUCCUUUCUUUGGAAAAUAUUAUAUCACUCGUUGCGCUUAGUUUAAAAAGGAACAGUCAAGUUUCUGGCUUCUGGACUUGCUCAUUAGAUCCCAACACCUUAAUAAUAUAACGAAACCAAAUGUGUUACCUUGCUAACAUUUAGAAAAUAUGCUGUUAUUGAAAUGAACUAGUCAAUGUUGAUUAGCCAGUGCGGGUCGAUGUCUCCUAGACUUAUUUAAGCAGACAUUUCCACAUUAAAACAGAGCCGUAACUAGUUUCAUUAUGUGCUUCAGAACAGGAACUUAACUGUAAUGACUGAAUUUAAUUAUUACAUUAAUUAUAAUGGUGAAUAUUCAACCCGUUUAAUAGUGGCUCAAAUGCGUAGCUUCUCAAGCUAAAGCAGUGGCAUUGCACUGUCCUUACGCCGUGGGAUGGCAAUGUUCGGCUCUAUGGUUCGGCUACUAAAUCAUAGCAAUUAAGUGGUAUGAUCAAUGCGGUACAUCUAGAAUGAAAAGGAAAAGAUGUCACUUUUAAGGAGGACAGCAACAUGGGAAAUAUCUGAAUCCGAGGGGGAAAGCGAUUCUGAAAUCAAGUCAAAAAGCACUUAUGAUCUCCCUAAAACUGAUGAACCAAUAACACAGAGGAUUCAGACGGAAAAAUGCGAUGCUCCUGCCAGGCGUUCUGAAGCACAAAACUUCAGAGAUAACCUCUCUGUUCCCUCGACGGUAGCCCCUUCAACUCCGAGUCCGGGGAAAAGACGACGGCGAACCAAAGAAGAGAUUGAUGCGGAUAAAUUGAAUUUGGUGCAGAAGAAAAAGGUCAGAGAGAAACUUAGAAAUGAAAAGGCUCAAGAAAAAGAGAAGAAAAGACAAGAGCAGCACAGGAGAAAACAAGACGCAGAGCGCCUGAAAUGUUACCGACCUGAGAACUGUUUAAAAUGUUUGACGGUGUGCGUCGAUUCCGCUUUACUACAGGAUGAAAGGUCGGAUAUUCUACUUGGGUCUCUGUUCUCCCUGGAGUGGAAGACCACCAUUGAAGAGCAGCAGCUUCUCCACAGCAUCACGUGGACAAGGGACCUUCCUCAGGGUGAAGACAAGCCAAGCCCAGUUCUGGAGGAACAAGUUCUCAUGGUUUUGACUCUGAAUGACUUCUUGGACAUGGUGGUCUCCAUCAAUCAUGCUGAACAAAAAGGCACUGAAGAGGUGGCUGUGAACUCCUUAUUCAAGAAGCUAUCUGAGUACCUUAACAGAAAUGGAGAGAAAGUAGUCACCCUGGCAGUGAUGGGGCCAAAUCCAAACAGCUGGACUCUGUGUUCUCGACGACAUGAGGACCAGAUGCUCAGACCACAAAUGGGAGAGGAGGGUAGUGAUAUUGAGGAAGCCCUCGUGUUCCUGCAGCUGUACAGGAACACCUCUGUCAUCUUCCUGGAGAGCUGGCAGGGUCUUACGGACCAUGUGUGUGCCAUUACCAAGGCCUUGUCCAAACGGCCAUUCAAACAGCUGACCGAGCAAGACAACCUGCCUUUCUGCUUGGAUGGCUCGUGGGCCAGUGGGGUGCGAGUUGAGAGGGAUGGGACGGGACUGAGCCAUGUUUGGAGCAGGCAAAUCCAGCAGCUGAAUCGAGUGAGCCCUGCAGUGGCUGCUGGGGUGUCUUCAGCAUUCCCCUCACCUCAGCUGCUCCUACAGGCAUACAAAGACUUGGACUCUGAAGUUGAAAGGAAAGGACUACUUGCAGAUCUGUUGGCAAAAAGUGGGGAGAGGGAAAGGCGUGUCGGACCAGAGAUCUCAAAUAGGGUGUAUCGAUUUCUCACAGCACAAAAUCCUGAGCUGGUCCUGGACUAAGGCGAUUUGAAUUAUAACUGUGGUGGAAAACUUGUUUCUAAUAAUUGAACCUUUUUCAGGAAAUUAUCUAUCAGAUUUGUGUCAGCAAAGUAUCAAGAAGGAUCAAUGCCAAGUUUGUGGCAUUACUGUAUCAGAGGAUAUCAAGACACUGACAUUUUGACAGACAUUUUAGAUUUACAAUGCCUUUUAACAUUAGUUUCAAUGAUACAAAUAUUGUCAUAGGUUUUAUAUUGCAAAUGGAGGUGAUAAAAAAUAAAGAUGAGUACAAUGUA